UUAAUAAAAUGCUCUGAUUUAUUUUGUUAUGGACGCCAAUCACUUGUGAUUUUUUUAAUGUUUUGUCAACGUCGUUCUACUUUUUGCCCAUGUACUGAUUGUUAAGUUUUUGUUUUGUGUUGUGUAAGAUCAAUGGCUCGUGAUCUUGGUUCCAGUUCGUCAGGUCAACGAGGGGCAGUGAGUCGACGUCGCGGUAAAAGACCCCAUCCUCCCAUCUAUGGAGGCAUUACUAACUCAUUCAGCGACAGAAACAGUGACUUUCUUUGUCCAAUAUGCUUUGAUACUAUCGAUGAGGCCUUUAUGACCAAAUGUGGACACACGUUUUGUUAUCAGUGUAUAAGUAGAAGUUUAACUGAAAGCAACCGUUGCCCAAAAUGCAACUUUAUCAUUGAGAAAGCUGAUCAAAUUUUCCCAAAUUUUUUAUUAAAUGAACUGAUUCAAAAAUACAAGGAAAAGAACUCCCAAAUCAAGAAGAUGAAAAUUGAACUGCACAGUGGAACUGUGCAUUCUGUAAAUGAACUUCAGGAGAUGCUGGGUGAAGAAAAUGAAUGGAACUUAGCAGAUGUGAACUAUCUGCUUGAUAUUUUGAACCAGAAAAAACACAGACUUGAGGCUGAUAGCAAAGCUGCACAAAAUGAACUGCUACAAAAUUUCUUGACACAAGUAAAACGACAUAAACAGGAACAACUUGAUCAACUAACACAAGAAAUCAAGUUAAUUGAUGAAGAUAUGCUUAAAGUUAAGGAAAUGAUUGAAAAUCAUGAGCGUCAUUAUCUACCGCUGACUGGCAUGUUAUUAUCGACCACAGAUAAACUCUUACCAGGAGAAGUGGAUCAUGCAGUGCCUACAACACCAACAGCUAAGAAUGCUCCAGUGUCUGUCAGUUCAGAUGUGGAACACAAAGGAAGUUCUGUUGAGCUUAAUUCAUGUGAUAAAGCUACAGAAGAUGAUCCACAAGAUGGAUUCAAUGGAAGUCAGCACGGAGCCAAACGGCUGUGGUGCAGCACAAGUUUAGCAGCAAGGAGGAAGAGAAUACAUCAACAUUUUGAUGAUCUUGAAAAGUGCUACUUYGCUAUGAGACAAGGAGACAUUUCCACUGUCGACACAUCKUCCGAUGCUCUUGAACAAUUCACAGAAAGUCUUGCUAAAUUUACCAAGUUUUCCAGCUUUAGACCACUAGCSACGUUAAGUUAUGCUAGUGAUAUCUAUAAUGGUUCAAGUAUUGUGUCAAGCAUUGAAUUUGACAGAGAUUUUGACUACUUUGCUAUUGCUGGUGUCACUAAAAAAAUAAAGGUCUUUGAGUAUGGGACUGUUAUUAGAGAUGUUGUGGAUAUCCAUUACCCAGUCAAUGAGAUGGUCUGCAAUUCCAAAAUCAGCUCAAUAAGCUGGAGUUCUUAUCAUAAGGGYUUACUUGCAAGCAGUGACUACGAGGGAACUGUAACGUUAUGGGAUGCCUUUACUGGUACAAAGACCAGAUCUUUCCAGGUAAGCCAGUGGAGUAUACAUUAUUGUUAGGAAAUUUGAAAUCUGAUGGACCCAAAGCUGCUCGCAUCAGGAUCAGAUGAUGCUAAAGUCAAGUUAUGGUCAACCAACAUGGAACAUUCUGUUUCUUGCUUGGAAGCAAAAGCUAAUGUUUGCUGUGUGAAGUUUAACCCAGAGAGCAGAUAUCACUUAUCAUUUGGUUCGGCAGAUCAUUGUGUUCAUUAUUAUGAYCUGAGRAACACAUCUAAGCCAAUAACAGUAUUCAAGGGCCAUAGAAAGGCUGUCUCUUAUACAAAGUUUAUCAACUCUUCUGAAAUUGUAUCUGCUUCAACUGAUAGCCAACUUAAACUUUGGAAUAUUAACAAGCCCCAUUGUUUAAGGACAUUUAAGGGACAUAUCAACGAGAAGAACUUUGUUGGAUUGGCAUCAAAUGGAGAUUAUGUGGCCUGCGGAAGUGAAAACAACUCAUUAUACUUAUACUAUAAAGGACUAUCAAAACAGCUUCUUACAUUCAAGUUUGACACUGUGCGAAGUGUGCUGGAAAAGGACAAGAAAGAAGAUGAUGCUAAUGAAUUUGUUAGUGCKGUUUGCUGGAGAACGGGCUCCAAUGUUAUUGUUGCAGCAAAUAGCCAAGGAAUUAUCAAGGUGCUUGAACUGGUGUAGGGCAYGAAAAACCUGGCUUAUUCUUGCAUUACAUACAUGUAUAACAUAUUAUGAAAACCACAAAGAUUGUAAAUUAGUUGGGCAGUUUAGUAAGAAAGUUUAGACAUCUUAUAUGUUUCAUUCUUCUCAUUUCAUUCAGUAAUUGAUGACAAAUGAAACCUUGACACUUUUGUGGGGGAACAUUGAUACUUCCACACUAAUUAGCACAUCUGAGAAAAUUUCUGKGUUGCACAAGAAAGCUCUGCAAAGAUGUUAUAAAGAUACAAAUAGUUCUUACCAUGCAUUUCACUUUUUUCUGGGCAUCACGAUGGCACACAAGUAGCCUAUGUAUUUACAGUUUACUGUACAUUACUGUAUGAUAYAUUAUAAUUUAACAGACAUGUAUAGCUAUGGUUGUUAUAGUUUAAAAUACUUGUUCAUAGA